UGCUCAGGGGCAGAAAGGGCGUGGGCUGAUGGUCUGGACGUUUAUGAGGGGGAACGGCACGGUGACGAGAAUGCUUCAUAUGCGUCAAUUGCAGUCGCUAAGCUCUCUUAGCUGCGCUAGGGUCCUCACUGGGACCCAACUGAACCGGUCAUGGAACUAAUCGAUUGGCGUAGCACUUAUCGACCCAGGAUGAUCGUAUUCAAACCAUUCGGAGGUUCCUGGGGGGGAAAGCCUCGGGUGGCGCACUGACGGCGGCCCUGAAGGGGAAAUGGCUCCGAGACAUGUGUUUUUCACACGACCAGAUCAAAUUGUCAGCGAGGAGACUAAACUUGGAAGACCCUCAACCUGGUCUCCCCCCGGUCGAUCGCUCCGCUUAGUCGGAGUUCGGUUGUUUUGGUGGCGGGGGCGACGGGAAGCCCUCAUAUAUCGCUCCGCACCACCAGGCCACGCAUCGCAGCCCGCUUGACAACCUCACAAGCUAUUCUGGCCACCAUGCCAGCUCUCUUACUUUCUCCAAUGCGCGAAAAGACCUUGGAAGAUGGCGAGUGGAAGUCUUCCCUGCUGGAGCCGCCGCCCAUCCCUCAGUCUCGCUGGAUGGAGAGGCUGUGCCCGGAAUUUCUAUCCCGAUCACACCACGGCCAGGAUCGCGAAAAAUUGCCGACUUCUGUUCCUCGACCUCGACGAACAGCCUAUCUAGACGGUCUGCGCGGAUUUGCUGCUCUACUGGUAUAUUGGGGCCACCAUGAACUGUGGGCUCACGACGGCAUUGGAGCGGAGCGCAUUUUCGAGAACGCGUACGGAUACGAGAACCAGCGCUACCUGGUCGCCUUCCCUGGGGUCCGUAACUUUUUCUCGGGCGGACAUUUCGCAGUCAGCGUCUUCUUCGUGCUGUCCGGAUAUGUUCUGUCGGCGAAACCGCUGGCGUUGAUCAGCGCAGGGGAGCGUGUCGCGCUGAGCGACAAUCUCGCGUCAGCUUUGUUCCGUCGCUGGUUGCGCCUCUUCCUGCCUGUUAUUGCCACGACCUUCAUUUACAUGACUUUCCUUCACGUCUUCCGCGUGAAGACGGUACCCGAAUUGCAGGGCAGCUAUGGCGCAGAGCUCUGGAAUUGGUACGCCGAGUUCAAGAACUUCAGCUUCAUCUUCCGGGGAGGAGGUGAGCCGUGGUUCACCUACAAUUUCCACUCGUGGUCCAUCCCGGUGGAAUUUCGCGGAUCGAUCAUCGUCUACACGGCGCUGUUGGCCUUCUCCCGCUGUCGCCGAUCCAUGCGGUUAGCCUGUGAGGCCGGCCUGGUGUUUUAUUUCCUUUACAUUGCCGAUGGCUGGUUCGGAGCAUUGUUCAUGUCGGGCAUGCUCCUGUGCGAUCUGGACCAGCUCGCGGCGCGGGACCAGCUGCCCGACUGCUUCGUCAUGCUGGAGCCGUACCGCGAGGGGAUCUUUCCUGUUCUGCUGGCGAUCAGCAUGUAUCUUGGGGGCGUCCCCUCGCGGAGCUUCGAGGUGCAGAUCCUCCGUGAGUCCCCCGGGUGGUACUACCUGUCUCUGCUGAAGCCUCAGGCGGUCUUCGACUACAAGUGGUUCUACCUCUUCUGGGCAGCGACCUUUCUGGUUGCCACGCUGCCACGCCUGCCGUGGUUGAAGCGAUUCUUCGAGACCCCCUUCAACCAGUACCUCGGACGGGUGUCGUUUGCUUUCUACCUCGUCCACGGGCCCGUGCUGUGGGUGCUGGGCGAUCGGCUGUACGCCGCGGUCGGGUGGGCACGCGAUUCACAUGCAUCGAAUUGCCCUGGCUGGAUUAACCGACUGCCGUUGCCGCGCGUCGGGCCCCUGGGGUUGGAGGUGAGCUUCCUGGCACCGCAGCUGAUCCUGCUGCCGGUGACGCUGUGGUUGGCAGAGAUAGUCACCCGCUGGAUUGACGAGCCGAGCGUGCGAGUAGCGCAGUGGCUGUACCGCCGGACAUUGGGAAAUGACGCUUAGUCUUAGUCUAGUGUAGCAAGCAGCGAUCGAUAGAUAGCAAGACAGGAAUUUGAGUGCGUGGUUUUGCUUCUUGGGUUGCGUGCUAGUUUGUAGACUCAUUUCCGGAAUCGGAGACCAACCGCGGACCAG